GUGCUGACUCCAUGAAAGGCUGUCCAUCCAGGACUGGUUGCAGUUCCUCAGUGGUGACCCGGGACACCUGCUGGCUCAGGACUGACCUGUUUGUUCGAUUCAUCGACAGGCGUUUCAAACAAGGGAGAUAUUACAACUCAAAGGUGACCAUUCAGGAUGUACUUGGCUAUGAUUCCUGUGUAUGUCGCACAGAGGACGGACACCUUCUGGAAGGGAUCAAACAGUCCAUGUUGGAGACCGUCAUUCCCAAGAAGGAUUCGGAUUAUGUCAUGGUGGUUCUGGGCCGACAUAAGGGUCAGGUGGCCCGGAUCCUGCAGAGGGAUAAGGAGCUGUGCCAGGCGGUGGUGCAGUUACAGCGGGGGGAUGAGCCCGUUCUGAAGCUGCCUUACGAUGCCAUCUGCCAGUACGUGGGGGGUACAGACGAUGACUGAGGACUCCCCCUCUCCUCCCCUCCUCCCUGAGCUAGUCACCAGCCUCUGGCUCCAGCCCGCUCCGAGCGUGUGUGUCCCCAUUCCGCAGAGAUCCGUAGACCCUCUCGAUCCACCACUGUGCUGUUAACUGCUGUCUCCCUCCGAGUCCCAGCACGGUUUGGGAGCUGCUGAAUUAAUCUGAUCAAUUAAUGCCUGUGUGUCUCUCAGCGAGUGGGAAGACAGAUUUCUCCCAAAUAUAUGAACAGGGAAGAGCACGGAGUCUCCCUGCCUCCCUUUCUCCCCCCUCUCCCCUUGUCCUCGUCCCCUGUCCGUCCCCCUCCCCUCGCCUUUCAUUUUCUGGUUGGGAUGUUUGCUGUUCCAUGUUAAACGCCCCAGCCUGACCACAAACCCCGCAUGAUCCCAACGGCCUCCCGGUUUUCCCUCCUGGUGAUCCGCUGAGUGGGAAACCAGGAUCGCCGGAGGGCUCCAUUCAGUGAGGGUUGUUGGGAGCUUGCUGGGGAGUCAGUCAGGAGUUUUGUGCUGUGCGUCUCUGUCUGUCUGUCUGUCUGUGUGUGCGUGCGCGCGUGUCUCUUUGGAAGAAGGUGGCAGCAAUGGUGGGGGGAGCCUCUCCAGGAGGAGGCGCUGUUGGAACCGUAGCCCGUCACUGACUGCCCAUGGCCUCGGAGCAUGUAUGGAGGUGACCCGCCCGCCCGCCCGGGAACAGGAAGCUGGUCUCUGCCCCCUGUUGGCGUUAAGACAUUGGUGGACUGAGGAGCGGGUGGGGCUGCAGAUCCCACCACCCUGGCCCCUCGGGAAUGGCCCCAGCUUUCCGUCAGUGGGUGAGGUGCCCGAGCAGCAGAGGGAGUUGGAGGAGGGCGGUGCGUCACUCCGGACCUCAGUGCCCCUGCGCUGUGGCAGGAGCGCAGGUCCCUCCUCGUGUUCCGACCUCUCGGAAGCUGACCCGAAGCGGUGGACUCAGUCGCUGUGUUUCCGGAACUGGGGAGGACCGUUGGGAACGAAAGCAGGGGCUGAGAGUAUCCCCCACUCGGAGAGUGACGAACCUUGGAAUUCUCUGGCCCUGUGGACGUUCGGUCUUGAAACGUCACCUUUCGGAUUUGCCUCUGAGAAGCUAAAUUUAAAAAGCACGCAAAAGGCCUGACUCCAGUGGACUGGGGCCCCUUCAUUUGUCUGUGCUGGGCAUCCCACUGUGAUUUCAUCGCCAAAAACUCAGAGAACUGCAAUAACGGCUUCACAUCUCACCCACUGUCUGUUUUCCCCGUCCUGUUUCUGCCCUGACGUGUUCACGUUCUCAUUCCAGGGGGUGGUCAACUCAACCUUUUGUCAUGUGUUUAAGUUUGUGUAUAAUAAAUACAUUAUUUGGUAACUCUUUA